AUGUCUGACAAGUCGAUUGACGAUGAAAGCGAUACCUCCGGUACGUCUUUCCGGCCAGACUACGAUAGCAAAGAAUCAGAUGACGACCAAGUCUGCAGCUUGACAGCUUACACAUUACCAGAACCCUCUCCGCUUCCUAAUCGCCCCGAGGAGUCUUUAUAUAGCCCUAGACCCUCGGUGCGGGUACGUAUCGGUCCUGAUAUGUUACCUGACUUUAGCGACGACCCUGACGAUAAUACGGAUGAGGAUAUCGUAAAUAUUCCUCUGGAUUAUGGAUGUUCUGACCGAACCGUGGUCCGUUGA